AUGAAACUUGCCUAUUUUUUCAGCGCUCUUACCUUUGCCCAGGAAGUUUUCGAAGAAACAACCACCUCUGUUGAAGGAAUUGAUGAGCGAGGACGAAAGAAAAACAACAAGAACAAUAAAAACAACUAUCCUUCCUACACUACCACCGCUGCUCCCUACGUGGACCCCUACGCCAACCAAGACCCUAACUACGCUGGAGACAACUAUCAAGCGCCAGCAAACAACGACAACGCCGGCGGAAACUACGACAACUCCUACCAGGAUCCAGUCACUCAAGUUCCAACAUGGGUCAAUCCAAACGAGCAGCCUCAAGUUGCUCCCUGGGUCAACCCCAACGAAGCUCCCCAGGUCGCCCCUUGGGUCAACUCUAACGAAGCUCCUCAAGUUCCACCAUACGUUAACCAGAACGACUACCAAGUGCCAUCUUGGGUUAAUCCCAACGAAGCUGCCCAAGUCGCUCCUUGGGUCAACCCAAAUGAAGCACCACAGGUUCCUCCCUACGUUAACCAGAACGACUACCAGGUUCCCUCCUGGGUAAACCCCAACGAAGCCCCACAAGUCGCUCCAUGGGUCAACCCGAACGAGGCUCCUCAAGUUGCUCCUUGGGUCAACCCGAAUGAGCAGCCACAAGUUCCACCAUACGUCGCGCCCAACAACAACUACAACAGCAAUUACAAUAACAACAAUAGCAACAACUAUGGAAACAACUACAGAAGACGAAGAUAA